AUGUCGUUCAUCCAUAUCGACCGCUUUCUCGCGGCCGGAACCAGACUCUUCCAGCUCCUUGACUGCUCCUCCUGUACAUGGAAUGGGAAUGUCAAAUGCCAAAAAGCUGAUCACGAUAGGAACAACACUGACCAAGACUUGAUCGGAAAACCGCAGACGCUGCUGCAAAUGUUCAACACUCUCCCAGCCCCGAAUCCCAAACCGAACCAAGUACAGGACCUCGACAGGCGCGCUAGUAUGCACAACUUGCUCAACAACAAGGUGUUGGGCCUCAAGACGACGCUAUAUCCGUUCCAGUGUCGGUCCGCAGCCUCCAUGGUACAACGAGAGUCGCUGACAGAGCCAGUUCCGGAUCCUCGACUGCCAAAGCCUUAUGUCGAUCAUCUAGGGAAGAUGUACUACGUGGACCCCAUCGCCAAAACCAUCGUUAUUGACCUGGCUUAUUAUGACAGCGUCUGUGGAGGCAUCCUGGCUGAGGAAAUGGGAGCUGGAAAGACCCUCAUUUGCCUGGCUCUCAUCCUAGCGACGAAGCACAUCCCCACGUCUAUUCCGGAGUUAUAUCGUGGAGCAGACCCCAUUGUGCGGCACAAAGUCGGGAGCUUGAUGGAUAUGGCGGCGGCCGAGGUCACGAGAAGCGGAGCGUGGAAGGACAUCUUCGCCCCCAACGGCCAAGAAAAUGAUGGGUUCCAGUAUGACUCGGUCAUCAAUGCCAUCCAGCGAAACCCCGGCUGGUACCGCCUACCUCGGCCAGUUUCACCACGGCCCACCCGCAGGAACGCGACCGAGACCCGUGGUGAGAUGAUUUACCUUUCCCACACGUCUCUUAUAAUUGUGCCGCCAAAUCUCGUUACCCAUUGGGAACAAGAGAUUGAGAAGCACACCAGCGGCCUCCGAGUACUACUACAGACAAAGACUUUGUGUCUACCUGCUGCUGAAGAACUGAAAGAAUAUGACAUAGUUCUUUUCUCAAGAAGCAUCUUCGAGAGCAUUCAUUCAUCCAAACAAGCAACGAAGAAGUCUUCACGGAGUUACCAAAGCAACCCAUUGGCAAAUGUACAUUGGAAGCGUUGCAUUGUCGACGAGGGCCAUAUACUCGGAAACUCAACUUCGGGCGGCGUCAACUCCAUGCCGAAGACUAAUCUACAGCUUGUCAUUAAUGAUUUGCAUGUAGAUGCUAAGUGGGUUGUUACUGGCACACCAUCCAAAGGCCUUUAUGGCCUUGAGAAUGGAGUUCGAGGCAGUCUGGAGCAAAAUCAUCAAGUUUCCAUGGAUCUAGAGCUCCAGGAUCUCAAGGCAAUCGGUGUCAUGGCUUCUGUUUUCUUGAAAGCACGACCCUGGGCUAACACGCUUGGCGAAGCCCGGUCUCUGGGAGUAGUUGGAGCGACGAAGGACCAUGUGCAUUGGGAGGACUACGUCGUUAAACCCUGGUCUUCACGCACGGUGGAUCGCCGCGAUGACUGCCUGAAGGCAACUCUUGGAUCCCUGAUUGUUCGACACCCCAAGCUCGAGAUUGUCCCAUUCCUGCCUUCUGUCGAGGAGAGAACUGUGUAUCUUGAUGGGUCGUACCAAGAUAUUCUCUCCAUCAAUCUCUUCUCGAUGUAUAUCAUCUUCAAUGCCGUACAGUCGGUGAGGACCGACGAGGAUUACUUUUUCCACAAGACCCAGAGGGACGCGCUGGCAAGUUUGGUCAAAAACCUCAGACAAGCCAGUUUUUUCGGCGGCCAAUUCUUUCCUAGGUCAGACAUUUUUCAGGCCAUUGAUAGGGCGGAACGAUUCCUCGACGAGGGCGUGGUAAACAUCACCGCAAAGGACGACGAUUUGCUACGAACCGCCAUCGAGUUUGGUCGAGUUGCGGUUAGCAACACCAUCAAGGAUGCCGCCCACUGUUUUGCCCAGGUCCCAGUAUUCGUUGAAAACUUUCCUUUUGGCGCCGGUGAACAUUGGUCUCUCGAUGUGAGCGCCAGAGACCCCGUCUGCACAAUGGCGCCCCUCCUUCUUCGCCUUCAGGAGCGCCUAAAGCCCUUCACCAAAUCUCCCAAAACGCUCGAUACGUUGCCCACGUUAGGGGACAUUGCUACGUGGGGAGAGCAUGAUCAGCGAAAUGCGUUGGCGCACACCAGUUGGGAGAAAUUCGGGCGCCUUCAAGACAAUGUGUCCACAGUAGGGACCACCGACACUCGUUCCAAUAUGCGAAAAAAAAGCUCUUCGAGUGUGAAACCUUUUGUGGGGAAAACAAAGCUUGCGCAAGAACAACAAGGUUCUAUAGCCGGCCUGGCCUCGGAAGUUGCUGCACCCCUCAUAACAACGAGGUUGAUCUCGACCGCCUCAGCGAAGCUCUCAUAUCUCGUCGACCAAAUCAUCCAACACCAAGAAGCCGAGCAGAUAUUGGUAUUCUACGAGGAUGACAACGUAGCCUACUACCUCGCCGAGGUGCUCGAAGUUCUAAGAAUCCAGCAUCUCAUCUACGCCAAGGGUAUCACCAGCGAGCGCAAAAACUAUUACCUUGCCACCUUCACGCUGAAACCGAAGAUACGGGUCAUGCUCAUGGAUGUCAGCCAGGCGGCCUACGGCCUGGAUAUGAAGACGGCUUCCCGCAUCUACUUCAUCAACCCGGUGCUGAACCCGCAGGUCGGGGCUCAGGCCAUCGGCCGCGCGCGCAGAAUAAGCCAGCAGAAGCCGGUCACGGUCGAGACGCUGGUGCUGCGCGGCAGCAUUGACGAGGUGAUUGUCCGACGGCGCGAGGAAAUGUCGCCUGCUGAGCAGAGGAAGUGCAGCCGGGGUUCGAUUUUGGAUGAUCGACCGAUCUAUAACUGGAUCUUGAACGCUAAGAUUCUUCCGCUUCCGACGAGCGUGGAUAAGGAUGACGGACCGGCGCAGAUGGCCAAGUUGGCGGAACCGCAGUAUAUCUUUGGAAGGAGCUCUGGCACUUAUCGUGGGCAUACGGACACGGACCUUGUGAUGCGCGACCUGGGCAGUGACGCCCUAAGAGCCGUGAAUGCGGGGAGAAAAUCUCAGAGGGAUAAUGAAGUAACCACCUCGGGUCAAUACAUAACAGCAACUUUUGGUUCCAACAAGAGGACGUACCAGGACGAUGACGGCGCUAUACAUUCAGCUACCUCCUCCAUACAGGAAGAUGGAGAUGUGAUGAUGAUGGAUGCCCAACAGAGAGCGGAGCCAGAUUCAGCCGAGGGUCCUCCUUCUCGUUCGACUAAGCGUCUCCGUGUCCGAUUUGCAGACACGGGCGAGAAUUGA